CUCCUUUGUUUUGAAAUACACACCGGAAGUGGCUCGUGGUGUUCACGCUAGUCUGACAGCGGUACCGCGCGGUUGCCUGACCAGCCCCGGACUGAGCCGAACUCCAGUUCCUGUGAUGCCCCAGGACGGGCUGAGCUGCCUGGGGUCGAGAUGCCGUACGUGGACCGACAGAACCGUAUCUGUGGCUUCCUGGACGUGGAGGAGGAUGAGAACAGCGGCCGUUUCCUACGCCGCUACUUCAUCCUGGACACCCAGCAGGGCUGCUUGCUGUGGUACACGGACAACCCUCAGAACCUGCCUGCAGGUGCAGAGAAAAUGGGAAGUCUCAAACUCACCUACAUCUCUAAGGUCAGCGAUGCCACUAAACUCAGACCAAAGGCCGAGUUUUGUUUUGUGAUCAAUGUGGGCAUGAGGAAGUUCUACCUGCAGGCCAACGACCAGCAGGACUUGGUGGAGUGGAUCAAUGUCCUCAACAAAGCCACCAAGAUCACAGUGCCAAAACCUGGAGAAGGACACAUCAGCCAUGUGGAGAAUCCACAAGAAGUCCCCGGUGCCAUAAAACAAGUUUCUUACAAAACGGAGAUCAUUGGAGGAGUUCCCAUCAUCACAGCCACUCAGGAGCAGGGGGAGAACGGGUCGGAUCAGGGAAAGCGGGCUCCAAACCAGCUACCUUUCUUCCUGUCCCGGACGGUCCAGGACCGGGCCUUCAUCAAGGCGGGAUACUGUGUCAAACAGGGAGCUGUGAUGAAGAACUGGAAGAGGAGGUACUUUAUACUGGAUGAAAAAGCUGUGAAAUACUUCAAGUCUGACCUGGACCGAGAGGCCCUCAGAGUCAUCCCACUAAAGGAGAUCCACAAAAUCCAGGAAUGCAAGCACAGUGAACUGAUGAUGAGGGACAACCUGUUCGAGUUGGUGACCAGCUCCAGAACCUUCUACAUACAGGCUGACAGUCCAGAGGAAAUGCACAGCUGGAUCAAGGCCAUCUCUGGAGCCAUCGUUGCACAGCGUGGGCUGGGGCGCUCCACAAACACGAUGCGUCAGGCCAGGCGGCUAUCCAGCCCGUGUUUACAGCAGGACACGCCGUCCUGCAGCACGAGAGCAGGGACCCCCAAUGUUCCUCCACCUUCUACUGCCCCCUGCACCCGGACCCGGACUCCCCCUCAGCAGCGGCUCAGCCUUUCCCUGGAGACGCGCAAGCAGGAGAACUACCUCGGCCUCCGCCCUUGGAGGUUAGGCGCCGUCCAUCCCGUGCUGGUGCUCCCCCCGACACGCUCCCGUCUGUCCCUGCAGGAGGAGCUGCGGUCUUCCAAGUGACACAGGAGCACGAGUUUCUCCAGAGACGCUGCAGCAACGGCGAGGAGCAGGAGCCAGUCGGCUGCUUGACAGAAGAUCCAGACCUUCAAAUGUCUGCGCUGUAAGGAUGAGGAUCACAUCAGGUCACUCACUGGAUCUAGUCUGCUUCUGCUCCUGGUCGUCCUGCGUUAUGUUCACAUGCUCAGAUGCAGAAAGGAGCUCCUCUGAGAUGCAGCUUCAGUUUUCCACAGCAAACCCGUGUGAGUUGCAUCAACACAUUUCCUGCUCAAAGGAACCAGGUCAGAAGAAUGAUGGGACGUUUUGGGAGUGGCUGCACCUCCAGUUCACCAAGUGGUGGAAACCUGGAUUCAAAAUGAGCUGAGAGCAUGGAAGCUGCUCAGCAGAAACAGAAUUCUGCUUCAGUUUCUUUUGGAGACAACACCAGUCAUCUAUGAUGCCGGUCCGUUUGUGACGGCUAGGGCUGCCAUGAUUGGUCGACUAAUCGACGACUAAUCGACUGUUAAAAUCGUAUUUAAGCAACGUGCUAGCUAUUUUGACUAAUUUGGAAUCUACUGAGGUUUUUUGGGCUGAUUUUGGAGUUCAGCUCAUAUUUAAGCAACACACUAAAUAUUUUUUGCAAAAUUGGCAUGUAUUAUGGGUUUUUAAGCAACUUUAAUACAAAGUUUUAUGAAAUUUAGGUAAACUCUUUCAUAGUUCUUUAACAAAAUUUCCAGUCUUUGAGCAUUUUGCAAAUAGCUUUUGCAUUUUCAGCAAAUCCCUUCAUCAAUUAAAGUAAAUUGCGUCACCAUUUUCAGCAAACAGC